CCCCACCCCCUUGAAUUUGACCUCUAGCUUCCAAGGGAAAGGCUGACAGAGUCAACUGGGCUCAGCUUCAAGGGGAUCAGGAGGCCAUGGCCAGUACAGAGCCCUCGCUGUUCACAUCCCUCAGCCCCAGCCCUGGCUUUGGAGAUGAUGAAGUGGAGCUGGAGUGCUGGUUUAAUGAGGAGUUCAAGUUCAUCCUGCUGCCUGUGAGCUACGCAGUUGUCUUUGUGCUGGGCCUGGGCCUCAAUGCCCCAACACUCUGGCUCUUCCUCUUCCGACUCCGACCCUGGGAUGCAACAGCCACCUACAUGUUCCACUUGGCGUUGUCGGACACCUUGUACGUGCUGUCACUGCCCACCCUUGUCUACUACUAUGCCGCCCGCAACCACUGGCCCUUUGGCACUGGGUUCUGCAAGUUCAUCCGCUUUCUCUUCUAUUGGAACCUCUACUGCAGUGUCCUCUUUCUCACCUGCAUCAGCGUGCAUCGCUACCUGGGCAUCUGCCACCCGCUGAGGGCACUACGCUGGGGCCGCCCUCGCUUUGCGGCCCUUCUCUGCAUAGGAGUUUGGUUGGUGGUUGCUGGCUGCCUCGUGCCCAACCUGUUCUUUGUCACGACCAGCACCAGGGGGACCACCAUUCUGUGCCACGACACCACGCGGCCUGAGGAGUUCGACCACUACGUGCACUUCAGCUCAGCAGUCAUGGGGCUGCUCUUUGGCUUGCCCUGUCUGGUCACUCUGGUGUGCUACGGGCUCAUGGUCCACCGCCUGUAUCGGCCCUUGCCAGGAGCUGCACAGUCAUCUUCUCGUCUCCGUUCUCUCCGCACCAUCACUGUGGUCCUCACUGUCUUUGCCGUCUGCUUUGUACCUUUCCACAUCACCCGCACCAUUUAUUACCUGGCAAGGCUACUGGAGGCUGACUGUCAGAUGCUGAACAUUGUCAACGUGGCCUACAAAGUGACUCGGCCGCUGGCCAGUGCCAAUAGCUGCCUGGAUCCGGUACUCUACCUUCUCACUGGGAACAAGUACCGACGCCAGUUCCAGCACCUCUGCAGCGGUGGCACAGCCCAGCCCCGCAUAGCUGCCUCCUCUCUGGCACUGGUGUCCCUGCCUGAGGAUGGCAGCUGCAGGAUAUGAAAAAUGCAGCUCUCUGAACCAGUUAUCCUACCAGUUUGGCCCAUUUCUGCUCAUGGUAUCUUCCGUCUUCAACUCACCUAGACCUGAAAACUCCCAGGUAACUUCUACUCUUUUUUUCUCCCUGUAUCACUAGGUUCUGACAUUGUUUUUUUGUUUGUUUGGUUGGUUUGGUUUGGUUUUGUUGUUGUUGUUUGGCUUGCUGGUUCUAGUUGGCCUUCUUUUAUGGUCCCAGUGCUACCAUUUCAAUACUUGCUCUUAUCACCAUUCCCCUGACUGAUUCUCAUCGAUUUCUAACUGAUCCUUACCUCUUGUCUCUUUUUACACAAAUAUAUCCUACACAAUGCACAUUGCCAGAUCAACCUGCCCCAAUGCUCUUCUCAGAAUUUCACUCCCUUACUCAAAACGCAUGGCUCUCUAUUGUCUACAAGUCAAAAUCUUUUAGUCAGGAAUUCAAGAGGGCCUUUUCAAUCUUAUUUGCCAUUCUUCCUAAAUAUAAAUCUCUUCUCUAGUUAAGCCAGUCUCUUUUUUCUUUCUCCAAGUAAGACUUACAAUUUCUCAUCUCUGUACUUUAUUUUUUCUGUCUCCAACACUGGAAUGCUCUCCCUUUGGUCUCCUGCUAUCCUUUUUCUACCAGUUUCCGAGGCUAGAUUUCAGUCUCACUUCCUCUUGGAGGCCCUGUACACUGAUGCUUGCCAACAGUGACCUUCUUGGUCACUCCAGCUGUAAUUAUUGCCUGUCAGUCGCUUGGCACUUUUAAUACCUUUUAACAUUACUUAUACUAUUAUCUUGACUUGCUAUUUACUUCUUCAUGUAUGUUGAAUUGCCAUUUACUUCUUCAUCUUGAAUUCUCAGCCAUAAGCCCCUUGAGUUACUGUGGUAGAAAGGAAAUAACAUAGGACUGAAAAUCCAAAGACCUAAAUAUGAACUCUGAUCCUGAAAGUGGAGCUCAAGUGUGUCACUUUGGAUGAGUCAUUCAAAGUCUCUGAGCCACAGUUUCAUCAUCUAUAAAAUGAAGAUCAUAAUCUCAGCCUUAAGCACUUCUUUAGCUUAUAGUGAGGCUCUGAAAAAUCUACAGAGCUAAGUAAAUAUAAAUGGUUGUUACUGUAUCAUCCUAUUUGCUUAUUACAUGGUUUUUGAUAUAUAAUGAUUAUAUGUUAGUAAUGUGGUUUAUUGUUUCUUCUCCUGGGUAUAUUCCCACUUUAAAACACAACAAGAGCCACCAAGAAAUGAAGGACCUCAGGGUUGUUAGUGACAGAGGGGCUGGGAAGGGCAAUGGAAAGAUGUUCUGAAGGAAAAUAGGCAUAUCUAGCCUCUCAUACUCCACUAGAGGCCACUCACAACUUGGUCUUCCUGUCAGGCUAACCUGGAUGUGGGAAAGAGCAGACACAUUUGAAUUUUCAGUUUUCCCACACUUCUAUUCCUUCAUCCCAUAAUCCCCAGCUGAUUAGGCCAAGUUACUUGAUCUCUCUACACUUCGGUUUCCUCAGUGAUAAGUUGGGUUGGUAAUACCUAGCUGACAGGGCUGUGGCAAAAAGUCAGUGGAGUAAUGAAUGAAGAAACAUCACAUAUUGUUCCUGUGGGCAUCAAUUUGCAACUUUAAUGUAGCUAGAUUGACAGCUAGAAUUCUAGAUUUGGAGCUGGUUCUGCUUAGAAGUGAGAAUUUGGAUCAUGACAAAAAAUUAACGUUUGAUUGUGAGAAGCAGAAGGCUAAGCACGAUCAGUGAAGGAUGGCUUGAGUGAUGGGUUGAGAAGAAAUGGUUUGGGAUGCUGGCAUUUGCAUCAAGGAGGAAGAGAGUUUCAAAAUGAGGGAUUUUUAAGUUAUUUUUCAAAAACUAAAUAAUUUGAAUGAAAGAAAAAAAAGAUUAUGAAAGUAAACAAAAGCGUUACAUACCUAAGAGGAUUUAGGGAAGGUAAGAUACUCAGAAAUAGUUAAUAAAAAUAUUUGAUUCCCUGCCAGUUUGGAUGUAUGCAUACACAAGUUGUCAACCAACGGCACUGACUAAAGACCAUUAACAAAGAACUUUUGUGAUAAAGAUCUGCCUACAUGUGUGUAUACUCCUCUUUCACUCUGAGAUGCUAGAUGCUCUCAUUUCUUUCCAAAGAUAUUAGAAUAACCCACUGACUGGGUUACUUCACAUAAUCUCUAGGGCUGUUAUUUCCAGGAAGAGCUGAGACACGGCAAAAGGAAAGUGCAAAACUUCUUGAGCACAAAGUGUAGGUGUCUGUCUUAUUUCUGUUUCCCACAAUGCCUGGCCCAUUAUAGGUAAUCAACAAAUAUGACUGAACAAAGUGAAUGAAUGAGUGAAUGCCUGAGGCUGUCAGGGCCAUAAAUUAUCGACAAAAAUCUGGCCCCUAAAUAGAUAAGGACCAGUCUACCAAGUGAAAAACUAGCAGAAAACUGAACUGUCAAUAGUAGACUCAAAAGCAAUUUUUUUUCUUUCUUUCUUUCUUCUUUCUUUCUUUCUUUCUU